ACUAAAUGUCCAAAGCUGAAAACCUUUAACGAAUGUUGUUUUUCAAAUUUUCCUGAAUUUGAUUUCUCCGCCAGUCUUCUCCUUCAAACGGUGAACUUUCUCUCUCUCCCGCGACUUAUUUUCAGCGAUUACUCGUGAUCUCUCUCUCUGUACAUUCAAUUCUGAAAGAUAACAGUUUUCGACUACUAAUUAAUACCUCAGUAUCGAUGUAAUUAAUGUAUAUAUAUGCAAAUUAGUUGUCCUUUAGUUUGGUUUGGUGUCACUACAUGUGAUGGCUACAUCGGCGUUCAAGUCGACGACGAAGAGAACGCCGAUCUUGCAAUCAUCUAGUAUAGCCGAGGAUUCUUCGUCCUCUAGUCGGAGCUCCGCUCAGCGCCGGUCCCGGAGUUUGAGCAGAUUCUCUCGACCGCUGAGGCUGGGGGAGGACUUCGAUGAUGUUCCGGCACCCAGAGGAAGGUUCGUGAAUACUGUUAGGGGAUCGGGGUUCCCGGAGAUAAGUCUAGAUGAUCUCGCCAUAGAGUUCUUCGACGCCAGCAGCAGCAACAGCAACAACGAUCGAGGGCGGUCAGCUUCGAGGAAGGAUGACGUCAACCCUAGAAAAGGAAGAGGAUCGAGCGCGUCGCUGAGGCGGGGACGGUCGGUGUCCAGGCAGAGCUCGAGAGUGAGUGGUGUGGGUGGUGGUGGUGGUGGUGGGAGGGAGAGUCUUGGUAACAGUCAUACUGGGAGAAGGGAAGAUUUGGAAAGCAAUUCGAGAAGAAAGAGAUCGGUUUCGGUGGUUAGGUACCAAAUUAGCGACUCUGAGAGCGAUCUAGAUCAUUCUCAGAACUUAAGCGGUUAUUCUAAGCCGAGAAACAAUCAGAUGCCUGUGUCACGCGUGCAAACACCUUCAAACCAUAGACGAGUACUGAGAAGGUCUAUCAGCCAGAAGGAUUUGACGUUUCGUGAUGACUACUCUAGUCAGUCUUCUGCGUUAACUGAUGAUGAAGGAAGGGAUUUGCAUUCAUACAGAAACGGGAUAGAGAGGACAAUAAGAACAGUUUAUGCACAAAAGGCCGAGCACCCAAUUGCGGAUGAUGUAAAUGGUGGGUUGUAUGAAGUAAUGCGGAAGGAACUUAGACAUGCUGUGGAGGAGAUCAAGAUGGAACUUGAACAAACAAGGUCAAGCAAGAGGGCUUCUGAUUUUGUAGGUGAUCAUCACUUGAAACCAAAGAAUACCGACGUUCUUAAGGCAGUUUCCUCAAUAAGAAGGAAUACAACUGAACUGGAUAAGUCUGAUAACCGAAGACAAGAUGUGUUGGCAAAAAUAGUUUUAGAAGAGCAGCGUGGGAGAGAGCUUUCUAUGAUUGCAAAGGAUAUGCUCCCCGGAAAAAAGGAUGAUGCUGAAAAGAAACCAUCGCGGACGAGAAAGAGGAGUAAUGACCGAAAUAGGAUGUCUGAGCGAUUGGAUGAGGAGGCAGAAAAAUACAUUGAGGACUUCAUUUCAAAUAUUGAAGAUACUGAUAUUUCAUCAUUAGAUGGCGAGAGGAGUGAAACAAGUUCAACUUUUGGCGGAAUUUCAAAGACAGAAAGUUAUCAAACGCCACCAAUUUCCAAGUCUAAUUCGGUUGAAAUUGAUGGCGUUGCACUGCCCUGGUUGCAGUGGGAGACUACUAACGAUGCUUCUCCUUUAUCUUGCAACAAAUCACCAGUGAUGCAGAGUUGUAAUUUAUGGAGUGUGGUUCAGGAGGCAAUCCCUAUAGCAGAUUUAAUAAGUAGCCAUUCUACCAGCAGCCAUGGGAGUUGGAGCCCAGGAGUUCAUUAUGGUAUUGUGAAUACUGUAGAUAGCUCCAGCAAGUCUCAAGAGUCUGGAAUUUAUCCAAACCAGUUUUCAUCCGGCGGAGCAAAAAGGUUGAGCUAUGAUGUGGAAGAAUAUCUCAAUCGUCAGAGCGAUGAUGAGUUUCUCUACGAAAGAUUGAAGCAACAACAGAGGAUCCAUUCAGGUGGUCUCAUGCUUUGUAACCGUAUGUUCUUUUAGCUAGAAAUUCGUUUUGAAACUUCCAUUGCCCAUGUAAGAAGUUGCAUUAUGAUGAUCUAGAAUGGUAGACA